CCCCGAGGGUAAACGAGGACUAAAGUUGACUUAGAUAACCACAUUCCUCCUUUAGCAUCGUUGUUUUGUGUUCUCGUGGUUAAAGCGAUAGGCCUACUCUAGCCUUCCUCUCAACCUUUUAGUUGAGAAGUUUUGUUUUGUUGACGUUUCGUUAACGUGUUAUCCCAGCUGACAACUGGGGACAACUACAUUGUUAUAAAGUUGGAAUUGAAAUUUAAAGUGAGAGAUGGAAUUGUCGGAUAUUUCCUUCCCCAUCAACUCUGCUGAUGACUUUUACGACGACCCCUGCUUCAACACAAGUGACAUGCAUUUCUUUGAAGACCUGGACCCGAGGCUGGUCCACGUGGGUCUUUUAAAGCCAGACGACCAUCUCCACAACGAGGACGAACAUAUUCGGGCACCGAGCGGGCACCACCAGGCUGGGAGAUGCCUCCUGUGGGCAUGUAAAGCAUGCAAGAGAAAAACCACCAACGCGGACCGCCGGAAGGCUGCCACUAUGCGGGAGCGGAGACGGUUGGGCAAGGUCAACGAUGCCUUUGAGACCCUGAAGAGAUGCACGUCUACCAACCCCAACCAGAGACUGCCCAAGGUAGAGAUCCUCAGAAACGCAAUAAGUUAUAUCGAGUCCCUGCAGUCUCUGCUGCGAGGUCAGGACGAUAACUACUACCCGGUGAUGGACCACUACAGCGGGGACUCGGACGCCUCGAGCCCACGGUCCAACUGUUCUGAUGGAAUGAUGGAUGGGCCCACAUGCGCAUCAGCAAGGCGAAGCAACUUUGACAGCUCUUAUUUCAACGAAACGCCAAAUGCUGUUUCAAGAAGUGACAAGCACGCAGUCAUAUCUAGUUUGGAUUGUCUAUCCAGCAUAGUUCAGAGAAUUUCGACAGAUACCUCCGCGUGCACUCUGUUGUCAGUUGAGGGUUCCGAGGGUUCCUGUUCUCCGCACGAGGGAUCUGUCCUGAGCGAGCCCGCAUCUGUGCCGUCACCGACCAACUGCCCCCGCCAGUCCCACGGCCCCAACCCCAUUUAUCAAGUAUUGUGAAAAGACCAUUUCAAUUUGGCUUAUUGUAGUGCCUUGAUGGAGACAAAUCAAUUCCUUUACAGUAAAAGAAGUCAGCGAGUGUCGGACAGUGUGACACUAUUGCAGAAGUGAGGCAGAAUGGCCAAGGUGUCAGUCGUCCGUGCUAUUACGCUAAAAAGAGUGGUUUUCAAUUCCUUAAUGUUCAUUGCUAACGUGCAUCUUGGGGUCACGUCAUGCUUUUUGUGAGAUAUAGGCUAGACCUAUUUAAACAAUCCUAACCCAAAUGAAUUAAUAAUGUAAUAAUAAUAACGAUUGACCACUUCCUUA